AUGGCCUUCAUUGUCAUCCAUCCGGGUGUUGCCUUCCUGGCCAUGUUCAUCAUGAUUAUCAUCAUGCUGAUCCUCAGAUUCGGUGGCAGGUUAGGCCUCCGCCAUACCGCACUCCCGGACGAUAACGAUCUACGAGAGCACACGUACGACCAGAAAGUCAGCUACGCCUGAUUCGGUUUUAUGAGAAACUUACUCUUCCUCAUGGGUUUUCCCCUCAUAUGUCUGUCUCACAAAAAGCAAAGAUUAGAAUCUCGAACGGACAGCGAAAAAAAUGCCAAAUGUGCCUUAGCGUUGAUGUUCGCCGGCAGCACAUGCCUAAAACUGAUUCGAUUUCCUUUUUAGUUUUUUUUAUUCGUCAUCCGAUAGAAACUCACUUUUGCAUCAAUCUCCGAUAAACGACGAACAUAAUCCUCAAGAGGGUUAAACCGGAAACACCCACAAUCAAUGGAACUCAAUCAGUUUCAUUUCUCCUUUUAGGAAAACGUUCUGCCUUUUCCCUAACCUACUCUUAAUGAUAGAUUCACUUCUUCGAAUCCUGACUCAAGAGCAUCAUAGACUUGGGGUACUUUAAACGCUUUUUAGGAUGAAGUAAGUACUUUCUCUCAUUUCCGGAUCGCAACUCGAAUUUUAAAAGAAACUGAUUCCAUCCAAUAUUGACUUAGUUUAAGUGUUUUAGAUAACUUUUUUGCUUUUAUAUUUGAAAAUAGGUGUUAAGAAGCACAACUUCGAACAUUCCCGUAAACAUGUAGCCUCCAUUACGAAAAGUAUUUUGAUCUGAUACCUCAUCAAUUUUGAGCAGCUAUACGAAUGUUCAGCAUUACAUAGACAAUCACCCGUAACAGAUUAUAAUAUCGUCGCCAACAAAAUAUUUGUUUGAAGCAUAAGAAAAUUUGAAAAAUUGUGUUUUUGUUAGUAAACUCUACUUAAUUAUGAUUUAUUUGUAUUUUUGUCAAUUAUUUCCCGACAAACUGGUUGAUGAGCUACGCUUUAAUUGCAGACAAUAAAAAAAUCCAAUCAAACAGCACCAAUUAGUGAAACAUAUUUUUAUCACAAUUGUUUCCGAGAGAGUCGCAACACCUUUGGGAGUUGCUAUAUUCGAUUGAACAUGUUGAUGCCAUUUUCGCGUUAUGAAAACCACACCGUCCAACAAUUCAGCACUCGCCGCUGCUGGUUGUCGCCACCGCGCGCUCCUCCACUACCGCUGGGGGGGCGGAUAAAAGGCAGCAAGAAUAACACUCAACAUUAAAAUCAAACACACCUCAUUACUAAUUUAAUGACAACGAUGGUAAAGCGUUGGCAGCGCACCUUUACGUGUACGGUUUUUAAUAAUUUGAAAAGCGGAACGGCUUAAAACGAACAAAAGCACAGGCCCAAUUGGGCGCAUUCAUUCCGAUGCAUAUAUAGGUACAUAUCUACAGCCAUACAAAUGAGUGUAAUAAUGAUUAUUUUUUAUGUGUUUUUAAUACUUUGAUCAAGCAUCAAAGCGUAAGAUAAAACCAUGGUGGUAUUGUCAUGCAAAUAAAAAUUAAUAUGAAAUAUAUCAAAGUAAAGAUUGAAGUAUGAAUAACUUCUUCUUUUUAUAUUGUAUUA